AUGGGUCUAUCAGGCCCAAAACAGAAGCAGCGCCUCGUCGGCUCCGCAACUACGCGUAACACAGCAUGGCUCAACGACAGCUCCGCACCGGGCCAACGCAUGCUCGCACAAAUGGGCUGGGCAUCCGGUCAGUCUCUCGGUCUCACCAUGCCUGGUCUGACCGAGAAUCUCAAAGUAGCCUACAAGAUGGACAACAAAGGGAUCGGUGCACAGCGACACGAACGGGAAGCGAGAGCCAACGGCAAGGAUAUUUGGGUAGGAGGAGGCGGCGAUCUGGGAAGCUUGUUUGAACGACUCAACGCCGCUAAUGCUGCUUCGUCAUCUUCGUCUGUCGUUGCUUCUACUUCUACCUCUGACGAUGAGGACGAAAAGAAGAGCAAGAAGAGCAAGAAGAGCAAGAAAGAGGAGAAGGACAAGAAGGAGGAGAAAGACAAGUCUAAGAAGCGCAAACUCGAUUCCACAACCGACGAUCUCUCUUCCUCCAAGAAGAGCAAGAAGGAGAAGGAGAGCAAGCGAUGGAAAAAAGAGAAAGAGGAAGCUGUGUCUGCAGUUGCAAACGCUGAUGCUGUUCUGGCGAAAGAUAAAACUGCGGUGGCAGAGAUCAAGAAGGACGUUGUACAGGGCAGACCGGUACGAUUAGCACAUCGAGCCAAAUUUCUGCGUGCCAAACGCAUGGUCUCUGCUAACGACCUCGCUAGUGUUAACGAGAUUCUCGGUAUCGCAUCUACACCUUCCUCCUCUACAGCUGGUACACCGAAAGUUGGGUCAGGGACAUGCACACCAACACUUGCACCAUCCAAAACAUAUCCUGGACCAGGCGGAAGCGAAAUUGCACUAAUGGACGUUGACAGACGACUACAAGCUGAAGGAGGCUCCAACUCUGACUCUGAUUCUUCAGAAGACGAAAAAAAGAAGAAGAAGAAGAAGAAGAAGGAAAAGAAGGAAAAGAAGGAAAAGGAAAAGGAAGACAAGAAAAGCAAAAAGAACAAGAAGGCCGUUGAUGUUGCUGCGGCUACCAAAGAAACGAAAGCUACUGCUACACAGACUGCAGCAGAACCAGCUGUGGCAGAUGAAAAAGAGAAAGCGACACAGAUUGGCACUAACUCGCAGGGCUUGUUUGUGUUCGAGUAUCUGAACCGUCGUUUGGUGAUCAGGAAGGCACAGAUUCAGAAGCAGAAGAAGGCGGAACAGGAGGCAAUUUUUGCUAGGGCUGCUCGUGUCGGUGCCUGA